CCUCGGAGCCGCUGCCGUUUGCGGUCCGGACCUGAGGCGCGAGCCGAGGACACAGUGCCGAGUGCGGCCGCGGUUGCGGGCGCAGGCUGAAGCGCGGGCGCGAGCCCUGCCGGUGGCGCUCGGUGCUCUUAGGUCCCCUCGCUCUCGGCCGGGACGCGGGAGAGAGCGGCGCGCGGCGGGGGCGCGAGGUGGUGCGGGCGGGGGCGGCCAAUGCGAAACUGGCUGGUGCUGCUGUGCCCGUGCGUGCUCGGGGCCGCGCUGCACCUCUGGCACCUCUGGCUGCGCUCCCCGCCGCCCCCCCGCGCCUCCGGGCCCGGUGCGGCAGGUCAAUCAGCCUUAUUUCCUCAGUGGAAAUUUAGUCACUAUGAUGUGGUAGUUGGUGUGUUAUCAGCUCGAAAUAACCAUGAACUUCGAAAUGUGAUAAGAAACACCUGGCUGAAACAUUUGCUGCAGCACCCUACUUUAAGUCAACGUGUGCUUGUGAAGUUCAUAAUAGGUGCUCGUGGCUGUGAAGUGCCUGUGGAAGACAGGGAGGAUCCUUACUCCUGCCGGCUGCUCAACAUCACCAACCCAGUUUUGAAUCAAGAAAUCGAGGCCUUCAACUUCCCUGAAGAUACUUCCUCAUCCAGACUCUCUGAAGACCAAGUUGUCAGCGUGAGCUUCCGAGUUCUCUACCCAAUCGUGAUUACCAGUCUUGGAGUGUUCUAUGAUGCCAAUGACGUUGGUUUUCAGAGGAACAUCACAGUCAAGUUGUAUCAGGCAGAGCAGGAGGAGGCCCUUUUCGUCGCUCGAUUUAGUCCUCCAAGCUGUGGCAUACAGGUGAACAAGCUAUGGUACAAGCCUGUGGAGCAGUUCAUCUUACCAGAGAGCUUUGAAGGUACAGUCGUGUGGGAAAGCCAAGAUCUCCAUGGCCUCUUGUCCAGAAACCUCCACAAAGUGACAGUGAAUGACGGAGGGGGUGUUCUCAGAGUCAUUACAGCUGGGGAAGGGACACUGCCUCAUGAAUUCAUGGAAGGCGUGGAGGGGGUUGCAGGUGGCUUUAUCUACACUAUUCAGGAAGGAGAUGCACUGUUACGAAGCCUUCACUCACGGCCCCAGAGACUCUCAAACCACAUUCAGGAUCUACGAGUGGAAGAUGCCUUACUGCAGGAGGAGAGCAGCAUCUAUGACGACAUUGUCUUCGUGGAUGUUGUGGAUACUUACCGGAAUGUUCCUGCAAAAUUACUCAACUUCUACAGAUGGACUGUGGAAACCACCAGCUUCGGUUUGCUGCUGAAGACAGAUGAUGACUGUUACAUAGACUUAGAAGCUGUGUUUAAUAGAAUUGCUCAGAAGAAUCUAAAUGGCCCUAAUUUUUGGUGGGGAAAUUUCAGGUUGAAUUGGGCAGUGGACAGAACUGGGAAGUGGCAGGAGCUAGAAUACCCCAGCCCAGCCUACCCUGCCUUUGCAUGUGGGUCAGGGUACAUGAUCUCCAAGGAUAUCGUUGACUGGCUGGCAGGCAAUUCCGGAAGGUUAAAGACCUAUCAGGGUGAAGAUGUCAGCAUGGGCAUUUGGAUGGCAGCCAUAGGACCUAAAAGACACCAGGACAGCCUGUGGCUGUGUGAGAAAACCUGUGAGACAGGAAUGCUGUCUUCUCCUCAGUAUUCACCACAAGAGCUGAGCAGACUGUGGGAACUGAAGGAGCUGUGUGGGGAUCCUUGUCAGUGUGAAGCAAAAGUACAGUGACCCCCAAAGACCAGGGACUGUAAGUCUGAGGAGCCUGUGGCUGAUACUGAGCUAUAAGUAGUGUGAUAUUACCAGUGUUUGCACAGAUCUUAAUGAAUCAUCGAUAUUGUAGCAGAAGUUUUUAUUUAUAAAUUGGAAGAUUAUUUAAUACCAAAUUAUUUUAUAAAAAAAAUUCGUAACUCCUAAUCACUGUUACUAAUCAGUAAUUAUUUCAUCAUUACCACUUUUGGUUAAACCUGGCCAAAUUCAGAAAGUUGUAAUAAUGCCAUUUGAAUCUCAAUCAUGAUUAUAAAAUAGCUCUGCAUAGCUCAAUUAGGACAGUAAGAACGUAGAAUGUACAAAGAUGCUGUGUGGUGCUGGGGCCACAUAUACCAAAGUCAGGGUUGCUAGAAAUACCAGUUUGUGGAUCUCUGACGUGGGCAAACUGGCCUUGAAAAAGAAAUACUGUAACCUGAAGUUUGGGGUCUUGCUUUUAAAAAUGUUCAUUUACAUUUAUAUAUGUAUCAUGCUUUCUCUUACCAUUUAAUGUAUAUCCUGAAUGUCUCACCUUAGCACUCUCACUAAACUGUUUGAGUGUGAUAAAAGUAAACACCUCAGGGUUCAGUGUCACAGGGAAGUAGGGAAGGCACUCUGCCUUGCCUGAUGUUUACCUAAGCUUGAGGAGGUAGUAAUCUGUGGAAGACAGGUUCGGUGUAGAUAAAAUGUGGAGAAAAGUAUGUUGUACAGAGUAGGAGAUAUGUUUCCUCAGUUUAAGGGACAUUUUUUUGAACGACCAACCAAAUCACUGUAGUAAACUUUUUCAAAUAGUUAAGUAGCCCACAGCAAAUGUUAACUCUAUUCAGAUUUAGACUACUGUUUCUAUUUAUAUUUACAUCUCCACAUAAUGGAAUACAGUAAGCUGUGGAAA